GCAUCAGGAACGACACUGGUUGGCUUGAUGAUGUGCCUGGGACGAAUGGUGGAAGUGGGCAGCUCAUUUGUAAAACGGCCUUGAGGAUGGAGAGUCGACCCUCUAGCCUCAGCCUUGACUGGGCUGAUGGGGAGCGCUUUCAUCACCAGGCUGAGCUUUUGUCGUACCUGUCACCAACAACCGUCAAUUAGACUGCCAACUGCUGUGAUGGCCUCCCCGAUGUCUUUUGGUGAGGGAAACUCUGGGUUUCAAGCUGGCAUCAUCAACGGGCCGGUCAGCACUGAGUUCCACCUCCCUCCUGAACGACCAGAGACUCCACCGGACCCGUCAGCCUUCGUGCCAUUUAGUCAAGACCAUGAUUUUAUCGAACGAGAUCUACUCGACCAGAUCCAUCGAAAAUGUGCUGUACCAGGCUCUCGGACUGCUCUUGUGGGGCUGGGGGGUGUCGGCAAGUCGCAGCUCGCCAUCGAAUACGCAUACCGCACCCGAGAGCGCUCACCCAAUACGUGGGUAUUCUGGGUCCACGCGAGCAACGCAGCGCGAUUUGAGAAUAGCUACCGAGACAUUGCAAACUUUCUCAAGCUUCCCGGCCGAAAGAACCCAAAAGCCAAUAUAUUUCAGCUUGUGCACGAUUGGCUUCGCGACGAGAGGAGGGUUUGGGUGCUCAUACUUGACAAUGUCGAUGAUGCUGGCUUCUUCCUAAAAUCCUACGGCGACGGAGGUAUUGAAGGAGAGGGAGGGUUGAAUAGUGAGGGCUCGCGGCCACUUGAAUCCUAUCUUCCGCGGUGCCAAAAUGGAGCCGUUCUCGUAACGACGCGAAGCAGAAGCGCAGCGUUGGAGCUAGUUGAGCGGCGUGACAUAAUCGCAGUCCAGCCAAUGAGUAAGGCGGAUGCGGUAGCAUUGCUGGAGAAAAAACUGGAAGGCAUCGAGGAGAGCGACGGGGUUAGCGAGCUCGCAACUGCGCUCGAAUUCAUGCCGCUUGCCAUGGUCCAAGCUACGUCCUACAUCGCUCACCGCGCUCCGCGUUGCUCCGUGCGACAAUACCUAGAAGAGUUUCGGAAGAGUGAUCGCAAGAAGGCAAGUCUUCUCGACUUUGAAAAGGGACAGCUCCGCCGAGACCGGGAUGCAAAGAACUCCAUUAUUAUCACAUGGCAAUUAUCUUUUGACCACAUUCGUCAGACUAAAACAUCGGCAGCAGAGUUGCUAUCACUCAUGAGCUUCUUCGAUCGGCAGGGAAUUCCGGAAGAUCUAAUUCGAAAUCGAAACGAGCAAAGCGAUAGCCAGGAAAAUCAGGGAGAUCACGAUAGCGACGCGUUAGAGGACAUUAACACUGGCGAGGACAGUGAUGACAACAGUGCAGAUGAUAAUAGAAGCAAGGAUGGAGACGAUAAAUUUGAGGACGACAUCUUGACUCUUCGAGACUACUCAUUCAUUUCUAUCACAGGGAGCGGAUCCAGUUUCGAAAUGCACGGGUUAGUUCAGCUUGCCACCCGGAAAUGGCUUGAAGCACACGGACAGCGGGAAAAAUGGAAGCGUCAAUUCCUCGUAAAUCUCUCCUCGAAGUUUCCGACUGGAAAAUACGAAAACUGGGCAAUAUGCCAGGUGCUCUUCCCGCAUGCGAAAUCGGCGGUUACUCAGAAGCCAGAGGGUCAAGAGUCAUUGAAGAUGUGGGCUACGAUCCUAUACAGAGCGGCGUGGUACGCGGAGCAAGUUGGAAAUGGGGUUGACGCAGAGGAAAUGUCGAUUACGGCAAUGAGAGCGAGGAAGAAGGUAUUUGGCCGGGAGCAUGAAGAUACACUAUGGAGUAUGUCAUUGGUUGGCGGUGCUUAUAACCUCAGGGGCCGGUGGGGUGCGGCGGAGUCGCUGUUUGUGCAAGUGAUGGAGACUCGCAAGAGCAAACUUGGAGUGGACCAUCCUUCCACGCUGACCAGCAUGGCCAAUCUGGCGUGGAAUCAAGGUCGAUGGGAAGAGGCGGAGUCGCUGUUUGUGCAAGUGAUGGAGACGAGCAAGAGCAAACUUGGAGCGGACCAUCCUUCCACGCUGACCAGCAUGAAUAAUCUCGCGGUAACAUACAGCAUGCAAGGACGAGAGGACAAGGCGGAAGAGCUGAAGAUGCAAGUGAUGGAGACGAGCAAGAGUAAACUUGGAGUGGACCAUCCAGACACGCUGACCAGCAUGAAUAACCUUGCGUUCACCUUUAAGGGCAAAGGUGAUAAUGGGAAAGCCAUCCGGCUAAUGGAACAAUGCAUUCGAAAACAGAAGUAUAUCCUCGGCCCAGACCAUCCGUACACGAAGGACUCAGAAGAUGCACUUAAUAGUUGGCGCAUAGAAGGCUUAGGCCUGGGUUCCUGCAGUAAGGAAGUAGGCAACACAGUAGCUAUAGCAUAACCAGCAAGCAGGGCAAUGUCGCGCCUACCCACUUACCAAGAUAGUAA